AUGUCCCAGACUGGCCAGCCCAACGACAAGUCACCGAGACACCCGUACCUUUCUGGUAACUUUGCGUCUGUCACUUCAACAUGUCCGCCCACACCCGUCACAUGGUCCGGCCAUAUUCCGGACGAGCUGCUCGGCGGCAUGUACGUCCGUAACGGCGGCAAUCCCGUGACUAACGACGACCUUGGCCGUGAGGCCCACUGGUUCGAUGGCGACGGCAUGCUCUCGGGCGUGUGGUUCAGUCGCGCCCACGAUGCUGCUGCCAAGCCUGUUGUCAACUUCGUCAACCAAUUCAUCUUGACCGAUGUCUAUCUCACCGCCAUCCAAAACCCCACGCUCCGCACGCCCAUCCUGCCCAGCAUUUCAACCCUCGUCAACCCCGCAUCCAGCUUGCUGUUCAUCCUCUGGCGAAUCUUGCGCACUGUUCUCGUCGUACUCUACACCCAUCUGUCGGGAUCUGCACGAGCCAUCAAGCGAAUAAGCGUGGCUAAUACCAGCAUCCUGUUCCACGAUGGACGUGCACUGGCAACCUGCGAAAGCGGUCCCCCGAUGCGCAUUGCCUUGCCCAGCCUGGAAACGGUGGGCUGGUUUGAUGGGCACGAGGCCGAAGUGCAGCUAACCUCCCGCCGCCCCCACACCCAAAUCGCGAAUCGACGACGCGCAAUAGACCCAUGUCUUUCUUUGCCAAUAAGAAUUGACGUGCAGACUCUGCUUGCUCGCGCGGAUGAUUCCGCACCUGAAGCAAUCUCUGGUUGUGUCGACAACCGUAACAUUGAUGAGGUCCUUGCGUCGAAGGAUGCCAAUGAUCCUAUCAAGGCAUUCAGGCUUCCACCCAAUCACUUUGGACAAGAAGCUAGAUUUGUGCCUCGCAAGGCCACAGGGCAAGGUGACGUCGCGUUAGCUGAGGAAGACGGAUAUCUGCUCUUCUAUGUCUUCAACGAGGACCAACUGGACGAAGAAGGCGAGUGCAAACCAGACGCGAGAAGUGAGCUAUGGGUCUUGGAUGCGCGCGAUAUGCAAACCGUUGUUUGCAAGGUACAACUCCAGACCCGCAUACCGUACGGCCUGCAUGGCAAUUGGUUCACUGAAGAGGACAUAUCACGCCAGCGGGAUGUCCAAACACUAAGAUCUGAGACCCACCACCCAUCUGAUAGUAGAUGGAGCCAUUUGCAAAAGUCGAUCAUUAGCUACCUUGGCUAGUAAGGCCUGGACUCUUUCUCCGUUUAGUCAUAAUAAUAAUGCCAGUACACUUAUGCAAAAGUCA